CAAAGCUGUGUGCACGUCCUGUGGCUGCUCAUUGCUGACCCUGAUUAAGAGAGGUGCACUGCUCUCCGAGUUACGUUCUAAAUGGAAACUGCUGAGUUUUAUUACGUUUAUUACUUAGCUCAAGAUUAUCUGCAAUAUGUGCUUCAGGAAUCACAUCUCGGACCAGCCCAAACCAGGGUUGCUCACGUCUUGCGAAACACUGCAUCUUCGCUGCAAGAUCAAACCGAGGAGGCUCUCAGACCAUUCCUGGACAAGAUUGAUAUUACCUCUGUCGCUGUUGCCAAGAGAAUUUUCAAUGGUGUCAUGGAAGAAAAAUUUGCUGAUGGAAAUACUAACUGGGGACGAAUUAUGACCAUCUUUACUUUUGGAGGUCUUCUCACUAAGAAGCUUCAAGAGCACGGAGUUCAGCUGACUGGAGAGGAGAAGGAACAGAUUUCUUAUUUCAUCACAGAGUACAUAAUAAACAACAAAGCUGAAUGGAUAGAUGCGAACGGUGGCUGGGAAAAUGGUUUCCUAACAAAGUUUGAAAGAAGAUCACUACUAUCUUUCUCCAAAAUUACAUCCAUGUUCAUGGCUGUUUUUACCUUGUUCAGAGAGUACUACUGAAAUAAAUGGACCUGCCAUUCAUGUAUAAUCUAGAUAUUGCCACAAGCUUCAUUGCUAAGCUUUCCUCCAAGCAAUAUCAACGAGAAAAUAAUUUUCAUCCAUAAUUUGUUUUUAAUUUAUUUGUAUUUAUUUUGACUAAAUACAAUGUUUAACACGCUAUCCUAAUUGCCAAACCUGAAGAUGAGAUCCCUCCAAAGAGGAAUCGACACAGCAUCAUGCAGCAAUUCAAGUCACCCUUUCCAGGCAGGACUGCUUCGAGAGAGAGAUCAUUCUCCACAUCCUGACAGCCUUGGAAUCUCUGUUGCAC